CCUGGUUUUUCUGGGGUCUGCGGAUCUCUGCAAGACUUGACCAACCCGCCCCGCCCAAGUUGUAACUUUCCAAAUGCGCCGGAGGCUGAGGGCUGGGGUGGGAGAGGAAGUGCGUGGGACUCAGCACAAAGAAGAGCGAAGAGGCAGGCGGGGCUCCGGGUUCUCUCUGAAAGCUGCUCCCAGACCUUCCCCGGAAAACCGCUCACCCAGGCCCUUCCGCCCCGCACUCCCCGGUGCCUGGCGAAGGAAGGGCCGGGGACCUGGGGGGCGUGGCCAAUCCAAUUGCAGCCAAUCCCCGAGGGGAGCUGGUUGGAGGGUGUGGCACCCCGGGGAGGGGCGUGGUUCGACAACUUCAGCCGGUCAGCUGGACCAAUCCCGACCCGGGAGGCGAAACGGACCCCUACCUGAGCCCAGGUGAGCUGUACCGUGCGUCUCUCCGUGGCUCCGCGCCCGGGAUGGAGGGAGCCCGGGCGGCAUCCAGAGGAGACCGAGCCGGAGCCGAGUUGCCAAUGGAGCCCUUGGAAAGCCAGGAGCCGGGGCUGGAGCUGGCGCAGGCCCCCGCGGGGCUGCCCAUGUACAUGAAGUCCCUGCGCUGGGCCCUGGCGGUCAUGGCCGUGCUCCUGGCGGUGUCCACGGUCGCCAUUGUGGCCCUGGCUUCUAGAACAGGGGCCGGGUGCCGCCCGUGUCCCCAUGGCUGGCUGUGGUCUGGGGAGCACUGUUACUACCUCUCUACUGAAGCUCAAGCCUGGGAGGCCAGCCAGGCUUUCUGCUCUGCCCACCAUGCUACCCUCCCCCUGCUGAGCCACACCCAGGACUUCCUGGGCAGAUACCCUGUCACCAAGUACUCCUGGGUGGGGGCCCGGCGAGGCCCCCAGGGCUGGCACUGGAUCGACGGGGGCUCCCUGCCACCCCAGCUACUCCCAGAGGAAGACAAGGACCAGCCGGGUCUGAAGUGCGCGGGCCUGGAGGGAGGCAAGAUCAUGGCUUUGGACUGCGCCUCUUCAAGACCCUGGGUCUGUGCCCACGGGACCAACUGACUGGGGUUCUGCCCAUUCCAACCCUGUUGGGGGCAUACAGUUCCUCCCCCCACAAGGGGGGCCUAUUCCCUGGACCCAGGCUCCCGCUGCUCCCUGCUUGGCGCCUGGGGGCCCUGCCUGAGCGAAGUGGGGAGCUGGGCGUCUGUUGCAGGAAGAUCACCUCCAGGGAAGGCUUUCUGUGGCCCAUAUUCGCCUCCAGCUGCUGAAGAGGAUUUGUUCAGAGA